CUAUUAGCUAUUAUUUGACCCCCCAAAAAAACUGAGCUAUACUAAUGUCCUUUUUUGCAUAGUGGCCCAAGAAAAAUCACCGUAAUUUGCAAACGGCGCAGUGGUGCUCGUGGAGGGUAAACGAUAAUGGAAGAGCUACGGAAACUCGAGAAAGUACAGAGGAUGGUAGAAUUCAUGGAUUCUCGGGGCGUUUCAGUUUUAAACUCCGAUCACCACUGUAACCGUUUCCUAGCUAAUUUCAUGCUCUUUUUGUUUGAACCUUGCGGAGAGCUCGGCAUCGACGACAAAUGCUGCUUGAUUUCUGAGCUUAUGCCUAGGCUUUCAUCUCCGUUUGUCGAGGAUUCGUAUCAACACAUUGUUACUGAACAAGAGAACAGUGGUUUUCAGCAAAAUCAUGUUGGAAAUGCACAGUGUACUUGCAAUCAGAUGAAAGAAAAUAAUUUAUUACAAAGUUUUGAUGAAAACAUGGCCAUGAUCGGGCUGGAUUCCAUGCAAAAUGCAAAUUCUACCCUUGAGGACUUUUGCAGAUCAUAUUUUAUGUUUCAUGGAUUGGAUGUAAACAAGCCACAAUCAAUCUUCAAAUAUUUACCUCUUCUUUCAUUCACAGAGAGCUAUAUUUAUCAGCUGGAUAAAAUGAAUGAGAAUUCGCUACAAACACCAAAAAGGAAUGAUGAGAAAGCAACUCAAGAUUUGGCUUCUUGCUUCUCGAAUGGCCCAUUUAGUCCACUUGUGACUAUUUUUGAACACAGGGGCCUUUUGACUGAAAGAAUAACAGAAGAACUUAGACAUGGGGAAGAGUACUGGGCUCUUGAAAGAAAGCUCUGUCAUGCCCUGAUAAACGAAGAAGAGAUUCUUAUUGAUGAUGUGAUGAAGGCUGUUCACUUAAAGUCUUUUGAUUAUCGAGUGCUGAAUCUUCUUCUUUAUCAACUUCAAGGAGCUAAGGCUGAGGAGUUGCAUAUGGAAUUUCUUUCAAUUUCAGAGUUCUUAGUGGAAGUUUCUGAUGAUCUGUAUGACUAUGAGGAUGAUGUUUUAGAAAACAAUUUCAACAUUUUGCGCAUGUUUAUCAGAAUAUAUGGAGCUUCUUCUGCCUCUGCUAUGUUGGCAAAGUGCAUUACUGAAGCUGAAAGUAAGUACCAAAAUUUACUGGAAUUACUGGAUCCAAAGCUGGCCUUGAGCUACCAGAAAAGAUGUGCAGAAGCCACUGUAGAAGGUGGAAAGGUAUCUGAGCACCCUCUUGGCACGUGGUGCAUUCCAACUGUGAUUCAAGAUGAGGAAUUGUAUAGAUCAAACAUGAAAUCAGAUACCUCCUAGAUAUACACUUGAUCUGUGUCAGAGGUAAUAGUAUCGAUUCUAAUGUUUUCAGUUCAAGUGUGUUGGGCAUGCCGAAUAUCGAGAGCUAGAAUUGAAGUAGGAAAGAAAAAAAUUAAGUGGUACUUUUCCAUUGUUAAUCCAAACAUUACAAGCAGUUAAAGUACUGAUAUUAGAUGUAGAAGGAUCGAAUAAAUAGCAAAUGGCCAAGGUAUAGGGCCUAGUUUGGCAAGCCAGUUGAUUGAUAGAAAGAAAACACUAUUGGUCUGAGUAUUGUUAGACACUUGUACGUAUAACUUUAUGUAUUCUCUGAAUAUUUUUUUUUGAAAAGUAACUUAUGCUCAUUUAUCCCUUGUGAUAUGAAAGAUACGGAAAAGAUCAUUUGACAUGAUCA